AUGGGAACGGAGGUCCUCCGCUCGCACGACUGCCUCUCCCGCGUCCGCCACCACGCGCGCGGCUCCAGGCGGUCGCCGCGCCCGGCCGCGAGGACGACGCGCCACGGCGCCGCUCGCCACGGACAGGCGGCGGCGGCGUCGCCCGUGCCGCGCGAGGUCCGGGUCAAGGCAGCCGCGGAGGCAGCAUACGCCGGGCCGGCGUUCGGCGCCAUGUCGCCGUCGCCGCGGGCGCUGCCGCUGCCGCGCUUCAGCUUCUCCAAGCCGGCCGCCGCGGCGGCCACCGUGGACGACUCGGCCACGCGAGAGCUCCGGCGGCUGCUGGGCCUCGAGCGGCCCGAGACGAAUUGA